CAUCCCUAGUAUGACCUGACACCGGCUUUUUGACUGACUGCUUUGGAUAAUUAGCAGCCCAAAUGGUGACCGUAUCCACCGUCAACUGGCUCUUCGUCUGCGGACUUUCCUUCUGCUUGGGCGGAAUCGCCGUUCUCAGUUUCAUGCCACUGGGAUCAGAUUGCAUAUGCCCGCUCUCCAAUCCCCCGACUAGGUCAGUAGGCAUCCCGGCUACUGCCGAGCAUUCACAAGAAGUGCCAAAAUCGCCCCAUCAUGAUCAUGUCAAAGCGGAUCACAAAAUGGCCUUACUGGUGCCGUUCCGUGAUAGAUUCGAGGAGCUUCUGCAGUUCGUACCCCAUAUAACAAAGUUCCUCCAACGUCAGAAUGUGGAGCACCACAUAUUCGUCUUGAACCAGGUGGAUCGAUUCCGAUUCAACCGCGCCUCCCUCAUCAACGUGGGCUUCCAGUUCACCAGCAAUGUCUAUGACUACAUCGCCAUGCACGACGUGGAUUUGCUGCCCAUGAACGACGAUUUGCGGUACGAGUAUCCUAGUAGUCUGGGACCCUUGCACAUUGCCGGCCCUAAGCUGCAUCCAAAGUACCACUACGAGAACUUUGUGGGCGGAAUACUCUUGGUGCGCAGGGAACAGUUUCAGCAGAUGAACGGCAUGUCCAACCAAUACUGGGGCUGGGGACUAGAAGACGAUGAGUUCUUUGUACGCAUCCGGGAUGCAGGAUUGAGAGUCACAAGACCGGAGAAUAUAAAGACUGGCACAAACAAUACUUUUAGCCAUAUCCAUAAUCGCCAUCACCGCAAGCGCGACACGCAAAAGUGCUUCAACCAGAAGGAGAUGACUCGCAAAAGGGACCACAAGACGGGUCUGGACAAUGUCCGAUACAAGAUUUUGAAGGUCCACGAAUUGUCCAUUGACGGAGUGGAUGUAACGAUACUUAACAUACUGCUCGAAUGUGAUCUAAAUAAAACGCCAUGGUGCGACUGCUCUGGAACAGCGGCGGCCGCCUCCGCCGUACAGACCUGAGAAGAGGUUGAAACCAA